GGCAUAGUCACUUAGCACAAUACUACCAGGUUAUAUACAGUCAACACAGAAAGCUAUAAGAAAUUGCUUUGUUACACCAUCCAGUCCGCGCAACAUGUCUGCUACAUCAGGUAUCCAAGUAUCACCUGAACUCGUCGAAUCGUUCUCUGCAGCCGUAGAGUCAAAACAAGUCCGUUUCAUCAAAGUUGCUAUCCGCAUGCACGACGAAUCGCUCGCGCCUGUCGCCGUGAUAGACGUUUCAGGAUCGCUCGAAGAAGACUUGCUUCAGUUGCAGGAUCUCUUGGAUGACAAGGAGCCAGCGUAUGUCUUGACCCGUCUUGAUGAUCCGCCCUCAGAAUGGCUCGCGAUAAACUACGUGCCCGACUCUGCUACAGUCAGAGACAAGAUGCUCUAUGCCUCGACUCGCAACUCUCUAACAAAGUCACUUGGGUCCGCUGUCUUUACAGACUCUUUAUUCGCCACUGAUAAGACCGACGUCUUGCCUGAAGCCUACGCUGCUCAUAAGAGACAUCUUGCUGCCCCAAAGCCUCUCAGCGCUAGAGAACAAGAGUUAGCUGACGUCAAAGCCGCCGAACGGGAGGGAAGCUCCAGUGCCUACAAUGGCAGCAGGAGUAGGGUGACUCAUAUCCCCACUGGCCCUGGCUGGGAUUGGCCAGAAGAUGUUCGAGGUGCUGUUGAAGAACUAGCUACUCACCCUGGCAAUCGACUUGUUGUCCUUCACAUCGAUCCAUCGUCAGGAUCUCUUGUCCUUGGGUCAGCUGUAGAUGUUACCAUCGACGCGUUGGGCUCAUCUCUUCCUAAAUCCGAGCCUGCAUAUGCAUUCUUUGCAUGGCCGAAUACCUAUUCAACGAGUGGUCGAGACAUCAUCUACAUAUACUCGUGCCCAUCAUCCUCCCCCGUCAAAUAUCGAAUGACUUACGCAUCGGGUGCCUUGUCUGUGUUCCAGUCCACUAACAACAUACUUGCGACGGCAGAAUCAACAUGCGCUCUGGCUUCGCGGAAGAUACAGACGUCAGACCCAGCAGAGCUCGGCGAAGCUUUUAUCAUGGCUGAACUGGGAUACAUUUCUCGUGAGGAUGAAGAUACCAACACGCAACCGCAGCCGGAGGUGGUAAAGUCAUUCGCUAAACCCAAAGGACCUGGCAGAAGGCGAUAAGAAUGUUGAAAAUACAAUCGCAGGGUUGCUGUAAUUUUACGUGAUACCAAAAGGACAUUGGGCUUGUUGGAUACUAUUCGCACAGAAUCAGAAUGAACAAUAUUCUCAGCUGAAUCGUGAGUUGUACAAUAAAUAUGUACUUACGGAU